AUGCUACUGCUUGCAAAAGAGCUGCGCGUGCUGCUGAUCCACGAGCUCGCCGGCCUGCGGCCCCGCGACGUGUCCCUGCUGCCGCUCCUGACCAGCCUCAAGCGCCUCAGCGUGAUCUCCCCAAAGGACGACGCCUGGCUCGGCCUCUCGCCGCUGCGCCAGCUCGCGCCGCUUGCCGGCCUGCGGCACCUCGACUGGGUGCCCUCUGAGCGCGCGCUGCCUGGCAAGCUCAGGGGCGACGACGUCCAGACGCUGCUCAACCUCGGACACCUCCACGUCCUCACGCUGCCCGCGGCCCUCGGGAAGUCCGACCACCUCGCGGCGCUGAGCGAGCGGCUGGCGGCGACGUGCCAGCUGCGGCUGAUGGCGCCGGCGUACUGCGAGCACGCGGGCGCGGGGAAGACGUCCAAGAUUCAGCGGCUGCUGAGCGCGGCGAGCGACCUGUUUGACCGCGCGACGGGGGCCAUCGUGUCGCGGGGCGAGGCCUUGAACGAACCCUAG